AUGUCGUCGUCUCAGACAGUUUCGCUGAGCGGACAGAGUUCCGAAUUGGAAUGUAAUUUUUUCCCGCCCUUAGAAGUGGGGAGUAAAUCAGAAAUCGGGCUUCUGAGUAUACAAACAUAUAAUUCCAUACCCAACGUUGGGGCUGGAUGUGAUACUCUGCAUAUUAUUCACGGUAGUCAGCGAGUGACCACUAAGAUUAAAAUACCGACCGGUUGUUACGAAAUAAUUGCUUUGGAAGCUAAAAUACGUGAACUUUUAAAAGACAUUGGUGUACGUUUUUUCAGUCUGUCGACCGAUAACAGUACGCUUAAAUGCACACUGCAUUGUAAUAGUGAAAUCGACUUAAACGUCGACGACAGCAUUGCACCGUUAUUGGGCUUCGAUAGACGAAUUUUGGAGUGCGAUCGUAGACAUGAAUCCGAUCGUGUGGUGAAAAUUAUGAAUGUCAACACGAUAAAAGUCGAAUGCAACUUGGCUUUGGGCUCAUUCGACAACGGUCGGCAAUCGCACACGAUACACGAAUUUUAUCCGGUCGUCCCGCCUGGUUAUAAAAUAGUCGAAAUACCGAAGUAUUGCGUGCUUUAUAAACUGAAAACAAAUACGAUUGAUUACGUGCGUGUGUCGUUGACUGACCAAAACGGAAAAUCAAUUGAUUUUCGCGGUGAAACUGUGAACGUUCGGCUCCUUAUAAAAAAUGGGUUUGAAGUUUAA